UCUCACUUCAUCUCAAUGCGCAGAGCGCUUUGCAUAUCCAUUUCUCUUGUAAUUUUUUUUAGUAGGAAUUCAUAAUACUUUUUAACUUACCUUCCCAUUCUGUAAUGUUGUGGAAAGUUCUGUACCACUUAACUGAGUAAGGAUAGGAGAAUGAGCUAUGAACCUAUGGCGGUAAUGAUGAACACGGACUUUCCUGGAAACCCUGACAACUACAUUCGUCUGGAAUGGCUGGAUAACGGGGCUUUUGGAGAAGUUUGGAAAGUACAACACCAGCAAACAGGCAACAUCUACGCAGCAAAAGAAAUAGCUUACCGAGGACAUCAUGACGACGAGGAGUGUAUUGUUCGAGAAAGAUCUGCGUUACUGUGUCUUAAGCACGAUGGGAUUAUCAAGCUAGUAGACAUUGUGGUAUUGCCGUCCCAGAUCUGGCUCGUGGAAGAGUUCGCAGACCUGGGCUCUCUACAAGACGCCAAAGAGCUCCACAAGACAUUAGGUGACAACGACAAGGUGAAUCUAGUGCGGCAAAUCAUCCAGGCCGUUCAAUGUUGCCACCAAUGUCGGAUAGCACACAUGGACAUCAACCCAAGGAAUGUCUUGCUUGUGAGCCCAUUGACUCUGAAGCUGGCUGAUUUUGGUCAGGCCCUGUUUAAUGUUAAAUCUAUACCUGAAGGAGAGGAAUAUUUGGGUGAUUCAAAAUACCUCCCUCCGGAAAUCUUGUGUCGCGAUAAGUAUUACCCCACAGCUGUGGACAUUUGGAGUCUUGGAUGUGUCGUCUUUUAUAUCUUCGCCAGGGAACACAUAUUUCAUGGGACUUCCAAACAGAUAAUUCAACAACAAAAGAAAUACUGUCGAACUCACGACCUACCAUCGUGUCUAUCAGGCUGUACGUUAACCAAAUCUACACGGCUAUUCCUUUGUAAAACUCUUAUACAUAGACCUCAACUCAGGCCAUUGGCGGACACCCUAGAGAAAAUCGCCAACCGUGUGGGGCUCUUCGAGUCGUGACACCAUGAUUCCUUGUGAUAACGACAGUUUCGUUCAUAUUUAGACACGUGUAGGAGCUGCAACGUCCAUGAUACUGUAAUUAUAUUACGCUUAGAAUAGUAUCUAAAGAAUGUAUGGUUUUCACAAAUGGCUGUUUGUGUAUGUUAGCGUUGUUCGUUAGUUGGAAUAAGAAUGUCCAUAAAUUUUUUUUCUGUUUUGAUUCCUGUUAUUCGAUUGGUGUAAGGUCAUGGUUGACUGUAUGACUUCCAACAAUAGAACACAAUGUCUACUGAAACCACAUAAAAGUCUAUUUAACAAUAGCAUAGGUAAAUAUACUAAACGCUCAUGUCCCCAUCCUGGCGUUGGGCACAUUAGUAACGUUUAUAGAAUAUAUGCUGUUAGAUGUACUGACUAAGUGAUUGGCUAAUAGUUUGCUGUCACGAAAACAAGAUUAACCAUUAAGUGACACAUCCUUAACAUCUACAAUGUAGUCUCUAAAGACUCCUUCGUCGUCACAUGAAUGAAAAGUUGUUAAGGACGACGUUGAACCCCAAACACUCACUCACUCACUCUACAAUGUAGUUGUGAACAUGAAUGGAAUUUAGGUGUCACCAAUUUUCUUUAUGGAUCAGAACUUUCAGUACUUCAGGUGGUCUAAAAUGCAAGCGUUUAGUAUCUGGACAUUGCUGUGCCGUGGAAGUCUAAUACAAUUACUUCAUCUACUCAGAGUAUCUGGCAGUAUUGGUUUUACUGACGCACUACCCUGGUUAUGGCGCACUCCCUAGUUAAUAUGCAUGUGCUUCCUUCGCCAGCCAGUAUAUAUGAUCUUAAUGUGAAUGCAUCUGCAUCUUAUCAUAGCCAGUCCAGUGGUCAAGUUAUAUAU